AUGUUGCCGCAACAUAGCAGCAAUAUUGCUGCAAUAAUUUCACUUUGGAAAGGGUGUGCUUAUUAUAGCUACAAUGAAUUCCUUAUGGAGAAACUACUGCAGCUGUUUCCUCAUGAGAUAUCAGAAUUUUUGGAAGCCAAUGAAGUACAAAGACCGGUGACAAUUCGUACAAAUACACUGAAAACCAGGAGACGGGACCUAGCACAGGCUUUGAUCAACAGAGGAGUAAAUUUGGAUCCCAUUGGAAAGUGGUCAAAAGUUGGACUCGUAGUGUAUGACUCACAGGUGCCCCUAGGUGCCACACCUGAAUACCUGGCGGGCCAUUACAUCAUACAAGGAGGAUCUAGUUACCUCCCUGUCAUGGCCCUGGUCCCCCAGAGAGUUCUGGACAUGUCCUCAGCGCCAGGAGGAAAGACUACUCAUAUUGCUGCCUUAAUAAAGAAUACAGGGGUUGUGUUUGCCAAUGAUGCCAACAAAGACAGAGCAAAAGCAAUAGUUGGCAAUGUCCACAGAAUGGGCAUCACUAAUACAGUCAUCUGCCAUUACGACGGAAGGAAAUUUCCCUUUGUUAUGCAUGGUUUUGACAGAGUUUUGUUGGAUGCCCCAUGUAGUGGGACAGGGGUCAUUGCCAAGGAUACAGAGGUCAAGAUGAAUAAGGAUGAAAAGGACAUUCAGAGGUGCUCCUAUUUACAGAGAGAAUUAUUACUGGCGGCCAUUGAUUGCUGUGAUGCCAAGUCCAACACUGGAGGAUACAUUGUGUACUCCACCUGUUCUAUUCUUGUUGAUGAGAAUGAAUCUGUCAUAGAGUACGCAUUAAGCAAACGAAAUGUCAAAUUAGUACCCACAGGGCUAGACUUUGGCAAAGAAGGAUAUGUAAACUUUGAGAAACACAGAUUCCACCCCAAUAUGAAACUAACUAGACGGUUUUAUCCUCACACACAUAAUUUGGAUGGAUUCUUUGUUGCUAAACUGAAGAAAUUUUCAAACAAAAUUCCAGGGGAGGAAGAGAAAACUCGGGUUGCAACUGAGAUGGCAGAGUCUGUGAACAUUUCUGAUGAGGGCAAGAAGGAAAAGGAGGGAGAGAGGGACAGCAAACCAGCUGAAGACAAGAAGGAAGGGUCACCAGUCAAAAAAGAGAACCAGUGAAAGGGGACUAACAAAUAUAACAAAAAAGACAAGGGAAAAAAGACCUUCACAGUGGCCAAAUUCAAAAAAUUUAAAAGCCAUGAUGGAAAAUCAAAGCAAGUGAAGCAAAAGAAGAAAGCAAAGACAAAAAAAUGAAUCUGAAGUUUACGACAGUACAGUGAAAAUUUGGAAAAUGUUCAGGUUGUUAUCAGUUUUGGGAGAUAUGAUAGUGUAUGUG